UUUGGGAAUCAACUGACAGCUCCAUCUUUAGGACCCGAUUAUUUAAAAUUCAUUUGAAAAUGACACAAAAAAUUAUUGACCUCGAUAAAUCACUAAGUGAUAAUUUCAAUAAAUUACCAGAUCAAUCUAAACCUUUUUCACUGAAAAAAAUUGCUGGAGAUGUUGUCAAUAAUUUGCCGAUGCCAGAAUGCUGGGACUGGAGCAUCCAAGAUGUUGAAGAUUGGAUUAUUAAUGAUAUAAAAUUACCGCAGUACAAAGAUUGUUUUGUCAGAAAUUUAAUCAAUGGGAGAAAAUUAUUUCUUUUGGAGGCGCGUUUACCGAAAAUUGGAAUUUAUGAUUUCGAAGAUAUCAAAAAAAUUUCUAAAGCUAUUCGAGAACUUUUCCAAGUUGAAAAACCCUCUUGGGGCAGAAGUAUCUGUCUGCCGGCGAGAUAUCCGUUGACGAUGUUCUUGGAAUAUAAAACUUCUAUCGGACGUAUUCAUUUAUCGACAACUAGGACUGAUUACUUUAAAAAAAUAGGAAUACUUGAUGACACAAAAGCUUAUGAUUAUGAUGGCGAAAAUUUUUCAAAGCCCUGUAAAUUUCCAUACAGUUGCGUUGCACUGAGGAAAAGGAAAAAUGUCUACGAAAAAAUUGAAUUCCCAAGACGUUUGAAUAAAAAUAUUUAGACUUCAAAUUACUUUAAUAAAAGUAUAUAAAAUAUAUUUAAAGUUUCUUUCCU